CCUAAAUUCAUGUCAAAUGGGGAUGCGGGUGAUUAUAUGUUUCUGGUGGCAUGAAGACGGAUCGUUGCCAUCUAACCCCCCUCUGAAAUUUGAAAUAGGGUUCCCUUAUGAUUACAUUCGAAAUGUGGCCAGCUCCGGUCCUAUGCAGAUGUAUUGCCCGGCCGGCACUUUGUACCAGCCUACCUUAGCUUUCAUCGGUUCUGCGAUGACUGGCCGUUUCAGCAAUGAAUAGCUAAUCGUGCACAUUUUAGGGAUGUACCUUCUAGAUAGCUUACUUGUGCAUUUUGUCAGCAUUAAACUGAAAACACGUAGUAUAUUUUAAGUGUUGCAUAUGUAGCAAAGGCUAUACGUGGUGAUGAACCUCUUUUGCGCGUAUAGGCUAUAAUAUACCCAACUCUAAUCUGAGGGGAGGAAGGGGGGUCAUUGUAAAGGAUUUAAAAUGUAUCAGUUCACCCCCAUGGCGUGGUUAUACACAUUGUUUCAGAUGGCGCAUUCAAGUAGGGGGGGGGGGGGGGGGGGGGGCUUGAAGAUUUCCGUUGGAAUUAGAGUACAAUUCAGUGCCUUGAAAGGCCACACAUCCCAGCCGGGAAACCUGCUGACCAAUCCUUCCCAGUGCCUUUGUGCUGCACGAUGCUCCUCCUGACUGGCUGUCUCAUACUAAAUGGAUCAGUAAUGGAGUCAUCGUCCAAGGUCCUCUGGUGUGAUGGGCUGACAAAGCAAAAUAUCUGAUUUGUCAUGAGCAAUUUCAGAAAAAGCAAGACCGGCUGAAAGAUGGAAAUCCUCACUCAUCUCAUCAAUGACACUAUGGAGUUCUACAAAUGGGGCCUGACCAUUGCAGACAAGCGUGUGGAGAAAUGGCCCUUGAUGGACUCUCCGCUCCCAACGCUGGCCAUCAGCUCAUCUUAUCUGCUCUUCCUGUGGCUGGGGCCCAAGUACAUGAAGAACCGAGAGCCUUUUCAACUUCGAAAGACACUCAUUGUGUACAACUUCAGCAUGGUCUUCUUCAAUUUUUUCAUUUUUAAAGAGCUCUUCCUUGCUGCACGGGCAGCAAACUACAGUUACAUCUGCCAGCCAGUGGACUACUCAGAAGACCCUAAUGAAGUGCGGGUGGCGGCAGCGUUGUGGUGGUAUUUCAUUUCAAAGGGAGUGGAGUACCUUGACACAGUCUUUUUCAUCCUGCGGAAGAAGUUCAACCAGAUCAGCUUCCUGCAUGUGUACCACCACUGCACCAUGUUCACGCUUUGGUGGAUCGGAAUCAAAUGGGUGGCCGGAGGACAAUCUUUCUUUGGUGCCCAUAUGAAUGCUGCUAUCCACGUUCUCAUGUACCUCUACUAUGGGCUUGCAGCCUGUGGACCAAAGGUGCAGAAAUACCUCUGGUGGAAGAAGUACUUAACCAUCAUCCAGAUGAUCCAGUUCCAUGUCACCAUCGGCCACACCGCUCUGUCCCUGUACAUCGACUGCCAGUUCCCACAUUGGAUGCACUGGGCUCUGAUUGGCUACGCCAUCACCUUCAUCAUCCUCUUCGGGAACUUCUACUACCAGACCUACCGCCGCCAGCCACGGCGCGAGGCCCCCGCCAAAGUGGGCAAGUCCGUCUCCAACGGCGUUCCCAACGGUGCCGUCCCGAUGAGCAACGGAGUGGCUGGGAAACUGGAGGACAAGCCAGUAGAGAAUGGCAGACGGAAGAGGAAGGGCAGGGCGAAGCGCGACUAAAAAGGUCGGGGGAGAGAGGAGCGGGCGAGCCGGUUUCCCUGUGGACUCUCGGUUGACCACAGCGCUGGAGAGGGAAAGAGGGUUGGUUGGUUUGUGAUGUGAGCUAAUGUGAUGUCAAACCACUCAUUGGUGAUGAUGUGGGGCUGCAAUAGGGGAACCAGCUGGUAUAUGGAGGCUGUAACUGAAGGGGUUCUGGGUUUGGUGGGUGGGUCAUAUACAGUCGGGUUAAUCGUAGUCGAAGAUAUUGUGUUCAUUUAUCAUUGCAGAAAACGCAGGAGUUUUCCUCCCUGUACAGCCACUGUUUCUUUUGUGUUUUGUGUUAGGGCCCUGCUGUACAGGGAUUGGAACACACAUCACAUAGUCAGGCAUUCAUGUAGGGUUUAAAUCCCUCUCAAUCAACUCACAUUAUGCCCUUCCAAUCGACCAGUGUUUGGAAAUUUCGUUUGAUUUACAUUUUUAUGUGUAUGCCUUUUUUACAUUCAAACAUAUCUCUUUUUUUGUCUUUAUGCGAUCAAUCAUGUCUUGUUAAAUUAUGUUAGACUGUGUGUGUGUGUGUGUGUGUGUGUGGGUGUCCUCUCAGUGAGAUUUUGAGAGUCACAGCUUGUUUGUGUACAUUAUGUCUGGUCACAGUCAUUCCGCUGGAAUGUCAGUUGUAAAAGGAUGGCUUCCCCUGUAAUAUGUUGGGGCUGUGUUGUCUACCAGUUUUACCAAGUCACCUGAUAUCUUUGAACACAGUGGAAAUAUGAGUAUGAAGUACUAUAGCUAGUAACUAUUACUAGUAACAUAAGUUCUAUUAUAGAUAUAUAUGUAUAUUACCACAAAGAAAAACAUAAAUCCUCUCUCAUGCAUUGGGACUGCCAAUUGGACUGUUACAAACCAAGAAGUUGUGUACUGAUUUUGACCCUUUGUCAUUUUGAUACAGAAUGCUAUGGAAUGAUGUUGCAAAAUGUUUUGUAUUUAUUUUAUCAAAAGCUGUAAUUUAGAUAUUAACUGUGUUGUUAUUUGGCUUGGCAGCAAUCAUGCAUGCUGAUUUGAAACUUAACUGCAAAAGAUUAGGUAGUAGAAAACAUCCCAUCACGCAUACGGUUCACACUUGAUGAUGGCCGGGUUUCUACCAAGGGAAAUGAUAUCUAAAAAAUUGGAACAAGAUGGUGCCCCAUUAACGUACAGUACAUAUUAGUUUAGAUGGGCACUGUUGAAAUUAAGAUUAUUAGUACAAGCCUAACUGAACCACUGAAGGAGUGUGUGAUGUGCUAUUGUGUCUGUCUGUUGCAAAACAAUACUGAGCUCAUUUGCAGAACUCUGUUACAUGUUAAGCAAUGUGUUUAAUGCUAUAUGUCAUGUUCCUCCCCACAUGAUUUCUUCCAAAAUAGUAAUAUAAUACUUGAGAAUGGAAAUGUAUUAUUUAUUGUCUUGUGUUCCUAUAUAUUUAUUUUCUUUUUUUAAUGUUGUAUAUGCUGUGCAGUUUUGUACAUUGCGCAUUUGGGAAUAUGUAAAGGUCAUGGAAGACAUUUAUUCUCUUUUUUAAAUGACCAACUCGGACAGCCUCUUGCUGUCGAUAUAUUAAACUGGAUGCCAAUGUAAGUGAGUCAUUUUAGUUUAUUACUUAUAGUCCUGUGAUUGCAUUUCUAUGCAAUACUUAUUUAGAUAACUCAUACAAACUUAACUGGUGCGUUCCUGUUUUGCUCCAUGCAAUUAUAAUUCAGAAUACAUAUUCUUCUUACUAGUACAUUUUGAAUUUCUUAAAAUGUUGCUGAACAAUCAGAUCUAAUCAUAUUAGACAUUACAGCUGAACAACAAUGUGAUAUACUUGAUGUGAGCACUUCAUAACUUUUAAGAAAAGGUUUGUAACCAGAACAAUAUUGAUAGGCUGUCUAUUGUACACAAGAGGGCAGUAUUGUCCAAUAUAGUAGGAGCUGUUUCUACUCAUGACUCAUUCUACUCAGUGAAAUAUGUCAAAGUGCACAGCUCACAGAAUCUAUUAGGAAAAGCGACUCAGCAUUGCUUAUAACCUAUCUUACCUUAUUGACCACAACUAUAUCCUCAUGCUAUGCCAUCCAUUGUUUUUGAGUAAUAAAAUA